AAAGCAGUGUGAUCUUAUUUUGAAGCUUUUCUUCAAAUGCCGAUAUUUUUCGAUAGAAAAGAACCGAGAGAACAUCUAAUUUCUAGAGGCCAAGGCCAAGGCCAAGGCCAAGGCUCUGAAUUUCGCACGUCGGUUUUCAAAUUGGAAUUUCCUUCGACUUUGUUUAUUAUCCACGCGAAUUUUUCAUUUCUAUGCUGAAGCAGUUUAGUUGCUCACCUAAUCCCCCAUUCAAACUUCAACGUUCCCCAUCUAUCCCCAAGUCUUACCAUCAUAGGUCUGUGAUGGGCAUCGGAGUUCUCUUCGCGCUUUGAUCUCAAAUUCAACGCUGCCACUCCUCAAUUUCCUCUUAUUCUGUUGACAAAUCUCUCUGCACGUCGUUGAGCAAGCCAACACAGAGAAGGAAAAAAAAAAAAAGCAGGCAGAACCCAUCGUCAACGAUCGAACUGCAACCCCUGUCGACCCUUUUCUUUACAAUUUCUGCGGCACCAUGAUCGUCCUUCAUCUCCGUUCCCCAGUACAAACUCUUGUUUUCCCCUGAGAAAGCCAAUGGACAGGAGGCUCUUCGACGCCUCCGUAAGGGGCGACGCCGAGGUGCUGCGCCAAUUGGUGGCGGAUGAUGAGGUGCUGCUUGAUCAGGUGGCGACGGCGACGCGAGCCACGCCGCUGCACCUGGCAGCGAGGUUCGGUCACGUGUGCUUCGCCGCCGAGGUCCUCCGCGUCCGCCCAGCCAUGGUGAGCGCCGAGGACGCCUCUCUGGAGACCCCUCUGCAUGAGGCGUGCCGGCAGGGGAGCGUGGAGAUGGUGCAGCUGAUGCUAGAGGUUGACCCUGUCCUGGCCUAUAGACUCAACCGCGACGGCGAGAGUGCCCUUGCCGUGGCGUGCCAUGCCGGAAACCUCGAGGUCGUCAAGCUUCUGCUGAGGGAUACGAGGGUGUCGCGGUUAGAGGUGGACUCGCCGUUCACUGCCUUGCAUUCGGCUGCUUUGUACGGGCACGCAGAAAUUGUGCAGGAGUUACUAAAAGUGCAGCCAAGCUUGGCAUCAACCUUUGACAAAUUUGGCUUCUCGCCUUUACAUCAUGCUUGCUGGAAAGGUCACCUUGAUGUAACAAGAGCGCUGUUGCAGUUUGAUUCUGAUCUUUGCUCUCAGAGGGAUGUCGAUGGGAGAACACCACUACACUUGGCAGCAAUAAAAGGUUGGGUUAGCAUUUUAGAUGAAAUUCUGUCACAAAGACUGGACAUAGCUGAGAUCUUAACAAGCCUAGGGGAAACUGCUCUGCAUCUGACUGUGAAGUACAACCGGCUUGAGGCAUUCAAGUAUCUGAUGGAAAAACUUGAUACCUCUGAGUUUAUCAAUCUUCAGGAUGGUAAUGGUAACACAAUUUUGCACCUCGCUGUGGCUGGAAAGCACAUCCAAAUGGUAGAGUAUCUUAUCGAUAAAACCACAAUAGAAUUGAAUGCUUGCAACCAAAACGGGAGUAGUGCUCUUGACUUGACACAAGAAAAUGGUAGCAAUCCUGAUGUCCUUUCUAUACGUCUGAUACUAAUGAAAGCUGGAGCUGAGAGGAGCAAGGCAACCCAAUACCUGGUUCCAAGUUAUGCGUCAUCGAGAAACAACCGAAGUUCAGUGUCCCAGAAGUCCCAGAACCUAUUUAAUAGUUUCCAUCAAAGGGAAAUUGGUACCAAGUUCCAUGAGCACUUGGGUAGUGCUGCAGAGACGGUAAUGGUUGCUGCCACACUGCUUGCCACAGUUGCUUUCAGCGCAUCAAUCAGUCCUCCUGGUGGCGUAUAUCAAGGUGGUGAAUCGAUUGGCACAGCAGUCAUGGCUAGAAAUGUUUUCUUCAAGAUUUUCACAGUUACUAAUGACCUAGCACUGUUGACAUCACUAAGUAUUGUCAUGGGUCUUGCCACUAUUAUCCCCUUCAAGCAGAAGUCAGUUUGUAGGCAUUUUCCAAAGAUCUACUGGUCUAUGUACAGCGCUGUUGUGUUCACAAUUUUAGCUUAUUUGUCAUCCAGACUUGUUGUCUUUCAAUCACACAGUGGAUACACCAAAUGGCUUAUGCUGCCACUUUGCAUAGUUGCACCGAUAGUAUGUGUUCUGUUCUUCUGGCGAAUGUGGAGAAGACCGGUCCUUGAUCAUAGAGAUGUGGGAACUGAGAUAACCAAGACUACAAGUAUCACCGGAGCAGAUCAGAUCCCUGAAGCUAAGAGAAAUGAUAUGAUGAAAAUUGGCUGGAAAAGUUCAUCAGGAGCGUCCCAUUGGAUUGGAGAUGCUUCAAGAAGAGAAGGUAGAAAUGAAAUCAGUCUUAUUCGACAACUAUCCCUGUGGAGUCACCAGAUGGGCAUUGUCAACCCGAAUGCACCGAUUAUCCGGCACAGUUGGCUUGUGGAGCCUAAAACAGAGCUACCCACUUUCUUUAAAGCUCUUCCCCCUCGCUUCUUUCUCUUAUCUGCUGGAGGGAUGGACAGAAGGCUCUUUGAUGCUUCAGUCACUGGCAACACAACGAUGUUGUACCAAUUGGUGCAGGAGGAUGAAGAAAUUCUUGAUCAAGUCGAUGCAAAUUAUUUGAACACGGCACUGCACCUUGCAGCGAGGUUCGGGCAGAGAGGAUUUGCAGAAGAGCUGAUCAAGAUCCGGCCGGCGAUGGCAUCGGCAGAAAACAGGAAAUUGGAGACUCCCCUUCAUGAAGCCAGCCGUGAAGGCAACUUGGAGGUCUUAAGCCUGUUGGUUGACAUGGAUCCGUGUGCUGUUUUGAAGCUCAAUUCAGAGAACGAGAGCGCGCUGUCACUGGCUUGCAAGCGAGGCCAUGUGAGUGUGGUGAAGGAGCUGCUGAGCAGGUGGCAGCUGCUGGCUGCAGAGGUCGAUAGCCCUCUCACUUCUCUGCACAUAGCUGCCUCUUGCGGAUAUACAGAAAUUGUCCGUGAGAUACUAAAAGCACGGCCUGACUUCGCUUUUAAGGUGGACCAACAUGGCUUCACUCCCCUGCAUCUUGCUUCCAGCAAGGGCCACCUUGAAAUCACCAGGGAUCUGCUAAGACUGAACCCUGAUCUGUGCUACCUCCGCGACACUGAAGGCAGAAGUCCUCUACAUUGGGCAGCCAUGAAAGGAAGGGUUGCCAUACUGGACGAGAUACUCUCUAUUGCACUUGAUUCUUCGCAGAUGCUUACAAACGUAGGCGAGAGCGUGCUCCAUUUGAGUGUGAAGAACAACCAGUUUGAAGCAGUUAAGUACUUGGUGGAGAAGCUGGAUGUCACUGAACUGGUGAACUUGGCUGACCACAAUGGCAACACCAUUUUGCAUCUCGCUGUAGCAGGGAAGCUUUCUCAAAUGGUAAGGUAUAUAGUGGAGAAGACGGGUGUGGAAGUGAAUGCACUGAACAAGAAUGGUUACACAGCACUAGACGUUGUUGAGAAUGACACUAGCAACUCUGGUGCUCUGUCGAUGGGCUCCACUCUCCGGAAUGCCGGGGCCAGGGCAAGUGGAGACGUGCCACCUUCCUCCUCUCUCAUACACAGAAUUGUCGCCUCCCCAGAGGAAGUAAUUAGGACUCCCACCAUGUCACCAAGCCGCCGAAAUUCACCGACGGUGCCACCACGCCGUAGGCGCCGCCAUGGCCGCCGGAAGACCUACAUUGAGCUUCACGGCGAAGGCCUGCGAAAUGCUCGAAACACGAUCACUGUCGUGGCCGUCCUCAUCGCGACGGUGACGUUCGCUGCAGUGAUAAGCCCUCCAGGCGGCACUGUCCAGGAUGGUGAGCUCGCCGGCCGGGCCAUCAUGGGCGGGACUGCUGCCUUCAAGGUGUUCAUGGUGAGCAAUGAUGUUGCGCUCUUCACUUCCUUGAGCAUAGUCAUCGUCCUGGUCAGUGUCAUCCCCUUCCGUCGCCGGACGCUGACCAGGUUGCUGACUGUGACGCACAAGGUGAUGUGGAUAUCGGUGGCGUUCAUGGUGGUCGCCUACAUGGCUGCCGCCUGGAUUAUCCUGCCAUCCGGAAAGGGGAGGAAGUGGGUGCUAUUGGCACUCUAUGCUAUUGGCGGAGGCACCAUUGCGUUGGUGUUCAUUGGGCUGUGGGUGCUGCUUGUGAGGCACUGGUUGAAGUUGGAGGAGUUCAAAAUACAGAAACAGAGCCAUGGCAGGAGAAGCCCAGCUAAAAGCCAUAGCCAACUUGGUGAUGAUGAAUUGCCAAGCUUACAGAGAAGAUCCGAUUAUGACUCCUCCAGUGAUGCUCUGGAGAGCUCUGAAAAAGAAGGAUACAUAAUGUACUAACCUGAUGUAGAAAAUAUUAAUUAAUGCAGUUCUAGACGUAAAAGGCUUUGUAGAUACUUAGAGCAAGUUUUUAUAUAUGUAGCGGAAAUUCUGUCCAAUAAAUUCCUUGAUCAAAUUUCAA